AGGCCGGUUGGGGCCGGGGCGCCCCCUCGAACGCCGCGGCGGGAGCGGCAUGGCGCCGCGCCUCCCGGGGUGCCGGCCUCCCGGGGCUGAAGGACAGCGCUCCGGGACCCGCAGCCCCGAGGAGCCUCUCCUGAAGCAGUCUCCCUGGAGCAACCAUCAGAGCAGUGGGUGGGGCCCUGGCAGCAUGUCCUGGGGAGCGGUGCACGGCCGCGACCAUCGCAGAACUGGGAACAUGGCCAUUCCGGGAGCUAUGAAUCAGAUCUCUCCGCUCAAGAAGCCCUUCUCCGGCAACGUCAUAGCACCGCCGAAAUUCACUCGCUCUACUCCGUCGCUGACUCCCAAAUCCUGGAUUGAAGAUAACGUGUUUAGAACUGACAACAAUAGUAACACACUCUUACCCUUACAGGUAAGAAUGGUGAGAUCUAGUUUGCAGUUGCCAGCUUGGGGCUCAGAGUCACUCCAAGAUAGUUGGUGCACUGCAGCCGGGACAUCCCGAAUAGACCAGGAUCGAAGCAGGAUGUAUGACAGUUUGAACAUGCACUCUUUGGAAAAUUCCCUUAUUGAUAUUAUGAGAGCAGAACAUGAUCCUCUGAAGGGUCGACUGAGCUAUCCACAUCCGGGAACUGACAAUCUGUUAAUGUUAAAUGCAAGGAGUUAUGGGCGAAGACGAGGUCGUUCUUCCCUCUUUCCAAUCGAUGAUGGCUUGCUAGAUGAUGGUCACAGUGAUCAAGUUGGUGUUUUGAACUCACCCACAUGUUACUCAGCUCAUCAAAACGGAGAACGAAUAGAACGCUUCUCUCGAAAAGUCUUUGUUGGUGGUCUUCCUCCAGAUAUUGAUGAAGAUGAAAUAACUGCGAGCUUCCGAAGAUUCGGCCCUUUGGUAGUCGAUUGGCCUCAUAAAGCAGAAAGCAAGUCCUAUUUUCCACCAAAAGGCUAUGCAUUCCUUCUCUUUCAAGAGGAGAGCUCAGUUCAGGCACUAAUUGAUGCCUGUAUCGAAGAAGAUGGAAAGCUCUACCUGUGUGUUUCCAGCCCUACCAUCAAGGACAAGCCAGUUCAAAUUCGUCCUUGGAAUUUGAGUGAUAGUGAUUUUGUGAUGGAUGGGUCUCAGCCUUUGGAUCCCCGAAAAACAAUUUUUGUUGGAGGUGUUCCCAGGCCAUUAAGAGCCGUGGAGCUUGCUAUGAUCAUGGACCGGCUGUAUGGCGGAGUGUGUUAUGCAGGAAUUGACACAGAUCCUGAGCUGAAAUACCCAAAAGGUGCUGGACGAGUUGCUUUCUCCAAUCAGCAGAGCUACAUUGCUGCCAUUAGUGCUCGAUUUGUUCAGCUUCAGCAUGGGGAUAUUGAUAAACGUGUGGAGGUAAAGCCAUAUGUGCUAGAUGACCAGAUGUGUGAUGAAUGCCAGGGCGCACGCUGUGGUGGAAAAUUUGCUCCGUUCUUUUGUGCCAAUGUCACUUGCCUGCAGUAUUACUGUGAGUUUUGUUGGGCAAAUAUCCACUCUCGUGCAGGACGUGAGUUCCAUAAGCCAUUGGUGAAGGAAGGUGCAGAUCGCCCACGUCAGAUCCACUUCCGCUGGAACUAAGGAUAGCACACUGGCCUCUGUUUAACAAGGGAGGAAAGGGUGCAUGUGGCUUACUGUGUCUGAAGAUACUGACAUGCAGAAGAAAUAAGUGCAUUCUUCUGCUGUUCACCCCAGCUAUCAAUACAUGCAUCUUUAUCAGCAGCCAAAACACUACAAGCCUCUUGUUUUUCACCAAAACCCUACAUCUCAGGCUUACUAAUUUUUGUGAUAUUUUCAUGUUAAAAUAAAAUGUUUUUUUGUAUUUUC